ACAUUUCUCAAUUUCUGACUACAUCUUCUCCCUUCAAUUUCACAAGUCCUCACCUCCUCUCUCUCGUGUUAUACCAACUUUCUCUCUCUAGAAAUGGCACCGAAGGCAGAGAAGAAGCCAGCGGAGAAGAAGCCCGCGGCGGAGAAGGCACCGGCGGCGGAGAAAGCUCCGGCGGAGAAGGCCCCAAAGGCCGGUAAAAAGCUACCGAAAGAGUCGUCGUCGUCGGCGGCGGAUAAGAAGAAGAAGAGAUCGAAGAAGUCGGUGGAGACCUACAAGAUCUACAUCUUCAAGGUCCUGAAACAGGUCCACCCAGACAUCGGAAUUUCAAGCAAGGCCAUGGGGAUCAUGAACAGUUUCAUCAACGACAUCUUCGAGAAGCUCGCUCAGGAGUCUUCGAGGCUCGCUAGGUACAACAAGAAGCCUACGAUUACGUCUCGGGAGAUUCAGACUGCUGUGAGGCUUGUGCUUCCUGGUGAAUUGGCUAAGCAUGCUGUUUCUGAAGGGACUAAGGCCGUUACCAAGUUCACCAGUUCUUGAGUUUUUAGGGUUUGGUUUGUAGUUGAAUUUAGGGUUUGUGUUGGGUUGUAAAGGGUUGGUGUUUUGUGAUCAAUUUGUGUAAUCCUUUGACCAUUCUGAAUGAAAUUUCUUGUUUUUGGUAGUAUUUCCUACACCAUUCUAUUUGAUUUUUAUUUUUAUCUGCUUCAUUGGUUUGUCGAUAUUCUUAAGAAGAAUUCAAAGUGAUGUGAACUUCUGAGG